AUGUCUUUCCAGGCAUCGCAGUCCACUACCUCCUGGCGUCCCGCCCAAAAUCAAGACUUUCGCAAAGGAAUUGCAGGGCUCGGUCUCUCUGCACCAUCGAUGGGUGGCUUCUUUGAUAAGGAUCGUACCCUCCCCAUGUACAAAGACAAACCGUUCGCACCGCGACGCACGGCACCUCGGCGAUGGAGAAAACCACUGGGUAUACUGGGUAUCUUUACCUUGAUACUAUUAUGGUAUUUCUAUUAUAGCCCGGGUCUACCAGCGUGGAAAGGCGCAGAUUCGUCGGAUAGGGGCCUUGAACUCUGGAAAUUGGCACAGAGCUUAGAGAGUGCGCCUGCAAAGGGACCCGCGGAUUGGGAUGCACGCCGGGAGAAAGUCCGAGAUGCGUUCAUUGUCAGUUGGGAGGGAUAUGAAAAGGAAGCGUGGGGUUACGACGAGUAUCACCCUGUGUCUGGUGGCAACAGGAACAUGGUAAAGGGAGGCAUGGGCUGGAUCAUCGUUGACUCCCUGGACACUAUGAUUCUCAUGAACCUCACGUCGCAAGUUCGACAUGCGCGCCAAUGGAUCUCGACUUCGCUGCAGUACAACCAGGAUCAUGAUGUGAGCACGUUUGAGACCACUAUUCGUAUGCUGGGAGGCCUGCUCUCUGCGAACUAUCUCUCCACCAAGUACCCCACCCUCGCUCCCCUCACGGAUGAUGAUGUUGGGGAAGCUGGAGAGGACUUGUACAUUGAAAAGGCCACUGAUCUCGCGGAUCGCCUGCUUGGAGCCUUUGAAUCGCCCACCGGUAUUCCAUAUGCGAGUGUGAACUUGAACAAGUCCGAGGGUCUACAAUCACACAGCGACGGCGGUGCCUCGUCUACGGCAGAGGCAACCUCACUACAGCUCGAAUUCAAGUACUUGGCUAAGCUAACCGGCGAGCCUGAGUAUUGGAAUGUUGUUGAGAAGGUGAUGGAGGUUGCCGAUGGCCAGAGACCCGAGGAUGGUCUUGUGCCCAUCUACAUUAAUCCCCAGGAAGGGGUUUUCCAUGGUAAUAAUAUUCGCCUCGGUAGCCGGGGUGAUUCCUACUACGAAUACCUGAUCAAACAGUAUUUGCAGACAUCCGAACAAGAGCAUAUCUACAAGGAGAUGUGGGAUGAGUCUUUGAAGGGAAUUCGCAAACAUCUCCUUGCUUUCUCCAAGAACGCACAACUACUGGUUUUAGGCGAGCGUCCUUCGGGCUUGGAAGGCUCUCUUUCACCAAAGAUGGACCACCUAGUCUGCUUCAUGCCUGGCACAAUUGCGCUCGGUGCUACCGGAGGCAAGUCCCUGUCCGAAGCCAGGGAAUCUUCCAAGUGGUCCCAGCAACGCGAAGAAGAGAUUCUCAUCUCCAAGGAGCUAAUGAAGACCUGCUGGGCAACCUACAAAACGAACCCGACGGGACUUGCCGGCGAGAUCUCUCAUUUCAUUCUCGACAGCCCACCAGUGAUGAUGGCAGACAAGUACCCCAUCCCUUCCCUCAGCUCAAAGCCCAAGGAACUCCCAAGCAUCUCUCUCCCCUUGACCACUCAAGACGACGGACUAGAACCAUGGCGCAAAGACAUCGAAAUCCACCGAAUGGACCGCCACAAUCUCCUUCGCCCGGAAACCAUCGAAUCCAUCUUCUACAUGUACCGCAUCACUGGCGACGAAAUGUAUCGUGAAUGGGGCUGGGAGAUGUUCAAGUCCUUCGUCCAGCACACAUCCGUCGUCGAAGAAAAACAAUCGAAGCUCUCACCCGGCGACGUCGGCACAAUCAGCCGCAUCAAGGGCUUCACGUCCCUCGAUGACGCACUUACCAUCCCUGCUAAGAAGCGCGAUAAUAUGGAGAGUUUCUGGAUGGCUGAGACGCUUAAGUACUUCUACUUGCUGUUCUCGGAUCGGGAUUUCAUCUCCCUGGAAGAUCACGUGUUUAAUACUGAGGCGCAUCCGCUACCGAGGUUUAAGCCCACUGGUGAUUUAAAGACGGGGUGGGAGCGGAAGCCGGCGCAUACGAGUUAA